AUGUUUUCAUUGAAACGAAAAAACGGAUCACUGCAUCAAAAACACCCAGAAAGUAUAUUUCGUUUACUGAAAACGGAAAUGGAAUAUGAAGAUGUCAAGAAGAGUUUGUGGCAUGCGUUUGAUCUUUUGGACACAUCCUCUCACUCACAAAAAACCAGAUCAUCACAAGUGCCAAAAACAAAAUUACGGGUGUUGACUAAUAACCUUGGCCGCCUUCUUGGGGUGGACAAGGCAGAAACAAUAUGGGACAAAGUGACAGACACCAGCAUCAACUUCACACAGUUUAUACAAGUCCUUAGCAACAACCUUCUGGUGGGGAUAGACAAAAACCCGGAGAGCAAAGUUGCCUCUUUGAAAGCAGAAAUUGAUCAUCUGUGCUGGCUGCUGUGUGAAAAGUCAUAUCUGCAGCAGAUAAAGUCAAACAAGUCAGCAGACGAUCAGAAUGAUGAGAGUCAGUUCACUCCGACAGAUGGGGACACUACAGUUACAAUUGAGACAGUCUCUGAUAAGGAGUUGUCUGGGGAUGCUUAUUUCAAACUGUGGAAAAUAUUCAACUUCCUUGUUGAGAGAGCCCAAGAUGGCAGCUUGCUGUUUCCUCUGAGAGCUGAUAUUGAAGAAGCAGAAAGAAUAGCAGAGCAGAUUUGUCAGACAGUAGGCUUGCCAGUUCCAAAAAACAAGACACUCCAAAAAACAGGAUCGGUUGAUGUGAAUGAUGACACUUUCCUGUUGGAUUUCACUGAAUUUGUGAGGCUGAUAUUACAGAGAGUUAGUUCCCAAGAUGAUUUUGCAAUGAUCAGUCAUGGAAUAGGAGAGGUGCAUGAGCAGAUCAUGUCGGAUAUUGUUCGUAAG